AUGGCGUCGGAGAGGGUGACCGGGACCGUGAAGUGGUUCAACGUCGACAAGGGUUUCGGGUUCAUUACCCCCGACGACGGCAGCGAGGACCUCUUCGUCCACCAGUCCUCCAUCAAGUCCGACGGCUACCGCAGCCUCAAGGACGGCGAGGCCGUCGAGUACACCGUCGGCAGCGGCAACGACGGCCGCACCAAGGCCCUCGACGUAACCGCGCCCGGCGGCGGCAACCUCGCCGGCGGGGAACGUCCCGAAGGCGGCAACGGCGGCGGUGGACGCUACGGCGGCGGCGGCGGCGGCUACGGGGGAGGAGGCGGCGACCGCGGCUAUGGUGGAGGAGGCGACCGCGGCUACGGGGGCGGAGGCGACCGUGGGUACGGCGGCGGCGGCGACCGUGGCUACGGCAGCGGAGGCGGCUACGGUGGUGGUGGCGGCGGUCGCGGAUGCUACAAGUGCGGCGAGGAGGGCCACAUGGCAAGGGACUGCUCCCAGGGCGGCGGCGGCUACGGAGGCGGUGGUGGCGGCUACGGAGGCGGCGGCGGUGGCUACGGAGGUGGCGGUGGCGGUGGCCGCGAGUGCUACAACUGCCACCAGGAGGGCCACAUCUCCCGCGACUGCCCCGAGAAGAGGCGCUAG